GGUAGUAUGACAGAUAUGUAGAUAUCAAUAAGAUAGCGUUGUUUGUCUAUAAAUUCUGUGGUGACUUUAUGUUCUUAUUUAGAUUCCUUGUUAACACAUGGAGAUCAGAAGGAAGAUCUUUGAUCUUUAUGAGAAAGGAGUGACACUUGGUAAAGAAGGUAAUUAUCGUGAGGCGGCUAAAGUUCUAGAACAAGCCAAACAAAUGGCAGAAGAGAAUUUAGACACAAAAGACAAAGUGAGACUGGGAGUUAUUUGUAUUCUGGGGGAGAUAUACAUUAAUAAUGGAGAAUAUACGAAAGGACAAGCUCUUCUUGAAGACAUUCUAUCAGUUCAGAGACAAGAGACACCUAAUGUUGUAUUAGCUGACAAAUGUUUAAAGGCAGCAAGUGCAUUUUAUGAGAGAAUUAGAGUUAUUGAUAUUAAUGUUGUCCCCAUCUAUUAG